UGCUACUCUCUGAUAGCUGGAGGAAUUGUGGGAGUGAGGAGGGGGCAGCACAGAUAUAGACUUGUCUGUAGGAUUUCCAGGCCCGUCACUUCAUACCAGGUGCAUCUGGGCAUAGGUAUAAUGCUGCUGGAGAUUGCUAUCGCCCUGACACUGGGGGUGCUCCUCUACAAAUAUCUUUUCGGAGGAGAAGAGGAGACCCUGCCUAUGGGAGAUGGCUGGUGGGGUGCCGGGCAUAGACAAGACGAUGAGAAUGAGGACAUCCGUCCUUUUAAAAUUGAAACAUCGGAGGAAGAACUAAAUGACUUAUUUAGUCGGAUUGACCAAACGCGUUUCUCCGAGCCGCUAGAGGGCAGCCGGUUUAACUACGGAGUCAACUCCACCCAUCUCAGGAAAGUGGUGUCUUACUGGAGGAAUACGUUUAACUGGGAGAAACAACUGGAAAUCAUUAACCAGUACCCGCAUUUCAAGACCAAAAUUGAAGGUAUUGACAUUCACUUUCUUCACGUGAAGCCGGUAAACCUCCCACCCGGCCGCAAAGCCAAGCCCCUUAUCAUGGUCCACGGCUGGCCAGGAUCCUUCUACGAGUUCUACAGAAUAAUCCCGCUCCUUACGGAUCCCACCAGCCACGGUCUGAGUGAACACUUUGAGGUUAUCUGCCCAUCCAUUCCCGGAUAUGGAUUCUCGGAGGCGUCUCACAAGCAAGGAUGUAACUCGGUCGCUGUCGCCCGGAUCUUUUACAAGUUGAUGCAGAGGUUGGGGUUCCGGGAGUUCUACGCUCAGGGGGGAGAUUGGGGAGCCACUAUCUGCACAAAUCUUGCACAGAUCGCUCCUAGCAACGUGAAGGGUCUGCACCUGAACAUGGUGGAUGCGUUCAAUGGUAAACUGCUCGUGCUGCUCUCCAUAUUGCUGGGUCAGUACUUCCCGGGGCUGUUCGGGUUCCAGGAUGAGGAUGUAAGGCGGAUGUUCCCCUUCACGAAGAAAGUCGUCAACUACUCUAUGUGUGAGAGCGGGUACAUGCACAUCCAGGCCACCAAGCCCGACACCGCAGGCUGCGGAUUAAAUAACUCCCCCGUUGGGCUCGCCGCGUAUAUUCUGGAGAAGUUCUCGACCUGGACAGAACCCGAUUUCCGUGAUUAUGAGGACGGAGGCCUGGAGAGAAAGUUCUCCCUGGACGACCUUCUGACCAACAUCAUGAUUUACUGGCUGACCGGCUCCAUUGUGUCUUCCAUGAGGUUCUACAAGGAGAACAUCGGCAAAGGAAUUGGCGUGUCCAAACAUGAUAGAGUACUCGUCAAGGUCCCCACGGGCAUCGCUUCUUUCCCCAAUGACCUGCUGCAUUGUCCCCUCCUGUGGGCCAAGCAGAAAUACAUCAACAUCGUCUCCUUCAGCUACAUGCCCCGAGGGGGUCACUUCGCUGCCUUCGAGGAGCCGGAGAUUCUGGCGAAAGACAUCCAGCAGUUUGUAAGGAAGGUGGAACAGAAAUAAGGGGGAGACGGGAGGCAGAAUGUAACCCGCAGCAGAUAUCCGGACACUACAGGCUGCUCUACAGUCCAGGAAUCCGUGUGCCGAUAUAGAACAGAGAAAUUCUCUAUAUAAACUACUGGUCGUUAUUGUCAUGUGAGAGGAGGGGGAAGGAUAUUCUAUAUCAGUACACGGAUAGCGCUUACAGCGUCACACUGCGUGGCCGGGGGGCUAGUCACCGGUAUAUGUAAUUACAUAGUAAUAAUCACCAGUAUACAGGAGAAUGCUGUUAUCAUUCAGGAAAUAAGAAUUGUGCCUUAAACAUAGAUGGAAAUUACAAGUAUUGCCUUAGAACAGAGAGGGUGAGACUCGUACAAUCUGGUUGUAUCUGAUUGUAUAGGUCUCCUGUAGCCGUACAAUCCACAGUGCCUUUAGGCUUCCAUUCCCUUGAGAUAUCUGUGCACGGAAAUAAAUCCUUUACGAGACUGGUCACUAGUGGGUAAUGAGAUCUGUCGGAGUUGCCCACUGGGGCCACUGCUCCUAUAUGGGCUGAUUCAUUGAGAUUUUACUUACUGGGGGUCUGGCACCCUCUAGUGGCAGUUUAUAGUAAUAGUCUUGCUGUCAGUCUUUCAACAUAGUUCUCUCAUGUCCAAGGUCACCUCCUUUGGGGGAGAUGUACUAAGCUCUGGAGAGAAAGUGGAGAGAGAUAAAGUACAAGUCACUCAGCUCCUAACUGCCAUACUACAGGCUGUAAAAAUGAGCUGGUUGGUUGAUAGUUUCUCUCUCUCCACUCUCUCACUUUAAAAGGCUUAGUACAUCUGCCCAUAAUCAUGAUGCAGCGUUAUACCUGUGAUAUCGGGUCCAUUACCCGCCUAGAACACCACCUGUGGCCCUAAAAAUGCCGCACUGCCAGACAGUGAUCCUAUUGCAUGCUGUAGCGUCACUGUCAGGCAUUACGGAAUCUGUGUUUGGAAGAUCGAUAUCUAUCAGUAAUCCCCUUCCAGCUGCACUAUGGGGGGAGAUUCAACAGUUCUUCUAAAGAGAACAAGGGGGGUGUUGGUUGCUAUGGGCAAUCAGCUAGCAUGUUGUACAAUGUACAGGAUAGAUGAUAUCCAUAAUCUGGUUGCCUCAUCGGAAUGAUUGAUAAAUCCCCCCCUCCUGCCAAUAAGCUGUAGCAACCGCAGAAGGACAUCCUGGGAGACGAACAACCAAAUCUCAUCUGAUUGGGCCACACACGCGCUGAGGUGAGAGACUGGAUUGGCACAUGCCAUCCGGAAAUGUGGUGUUAUGGAAUUAAAAUUCAUGAACAAACCUGGACUGAACCAGCCGUGCGGCUUCUCCGAACCCUGAAUACUAGAACGUGUUCUCCUUGUGCCGUUUCAUCCUUUCCUGUAGUAGCAACAUUCUUCUUUUUGUUUCUUUCUUUUGAUACUUUUGAUUUUCUAUUUUUGUAUUUUUUUCCAAUAAGCAAAUGAUUGAAGCAAUUUAACGUAGACGAUCUGAUUGUAAUGUUACGUUGUUAAUAAAGUUUUGUAAAUCACGUAA